AUGAAUCAAGCAAAGAGAAUACUGAGUCAUCUUCGUCUCGGCAACUCGCUGUACUCAACUCAAUUCUCCAGAAAUCAUUCAUUCCACGCUAAGGUGAUUCGCUCCUUCUCCUAUUUCUCUCCCCCACUUUUCAGACAAAGCCAAGCUUCCUUUGCUACGAGCAUUAAUCUCAAUGCGCACAAUAAAAAACUUUUCUUUUCAUCAAAACCUGAUUCGGUUUUAGAGCUUUUGUUGUCCAGUGACUGGUCGAAGGAACUAGAAAAAGAGUUGACAAAAUCAAAUUUAUCGCUGACCCAUGAAACUGUUAUGUAUGUUUUGAAGAAAUUGGACAAAGACCCAAAAAAAGCUUCAAGAUUUUUCAAAUGGGGUGUUGAGAAAAAUGGGUUUGAACCCAGUUCUUCCAUGUAUAGCUUGAUGCUAAGAAUUUAUGCUAAUAAGGAUUUUUUGACGGAAUUUUGGGUCACAAUUAAAGAAAUGAAAGAGAAAGGGUAUUAUAUUGAUGAGGAAACGUAUAAAACUAUUUCUGGGAUUUUUCGGAAUUUAAAAAUGGAAAAUGAGGCCACUGCUUUGAGACAUUUUUAUGAAAGGAUGAUCAAAGAGAACGCUAUGGAUGAUUUGGCAAAAGAGGUGGUUGAAGCAGUUAAAAGUGCAGAGUGGGGAGAAGAGGUGGGGAGGAAAUUAGAGGAUAUGAAAAUUGCUGUUUCAGAUAAUUUUGUUUUGAGGGUAUUGAAAGAGCUUAGAGGAAUUUAA